AGUAGCUGCAAUACUCCCACUCCUCAUCCACCUGAAGAACGAUUGCCGAAAUCCUACAUUGAAGAUUGGGUGAAUCAGGCUAAAACCUACACCUGUGAGACUCUGCAACAAGAGCCCAGAACUCAAGGCAGUGACUUAAACAGUGUUAAGUCGAAACCUGUUUAUGAGGAGGUCGCAUCUAUUCACAACUACACCAGGAGGGCCAGCUCUGUUGAGGGGCAAUCAAAUUUAACUACAGAGGUGAAUCAUGAUGACGGCACUAGAACAACACUAAUACUACCAGUGGCUGCAAAACUAAAGCUACCACCACAG